GGUGUUUAUUCACUCGAGACUGGGAGGAGUGUGUGUGUGUAGGGGGGAACAGUGGAGCUGGAGUGGGCUGGGUUCUGCCCGUCAGCCAUGUUGAAAUGAAAGGGAAUGAAAAGCUGGAAUGAGAGAGAAACGCCUGGAAAAGCGGGAUUUGAUCCUCUUGAAUAUAACCUCACGAUCACGGCGCGCGAGCGACAGAUUCCUCAUUACACGACUCCGUCUGGCGGUCCAAUGAGAUUGCUACUCGAACCGUCAGAUCCUGCCGGAGAUAGGAGGCAGGGGGAGAGGAGCCUACCCCCGUGCGGGACAGGACUUGACUGGUGGCGGUGGGGAGGUGGAGGUUGCUGUGAUGGCACACUGAAACAGCAAAGAGAUAUUUCCAGUAUUUCACUUUACACAGAAUAUGACAGACACUUAGCAUACAGAAAAGGCAUGGCGACGGCAUUCCUGGACCCCAACCCGAACCACACCCUGGGGGGCGGGGCCAAGGCUCGACUCAGCGCGGGGACGGAGCGGGCCCCUGGAGCCCCUGAUCGGGUCCUGAAGGUCUUUCAUCAUUUCGAGAGCAACAGCGAGCACAGCACCUGGUCCAGCAACAUCCGCUAUGGAGACGCAACUGAUGUUAGGGGAAUCAUACAGAAGAUCGUGGACAUUCAUAAAGUGAAGCAUGUGGCAUGUUUCGGGCUGCGCCUCACUCACGCACCGUCGGGCGUCACCCACUGGCUCCACCCAGAUAUGGGCGUGUCCCACGUGAGAGAGAAGUAUGAACAGAACCGCCCACAGGAUGAGUGGAGGUAUGAGUUGAGGAUCCGUUACCUGCCCAAGGGCUUCCUGCAUCAGUUCACUGAAGACAACCCAACACUGAACUAUUUCUAUCAGCAGGUGAAGAAUGACUACAUGUUAGAGAUCGCAGAUAAGGUGGAGCAGGAAAUCGCAUUAAAGUUGGGCUGUCUUGAGAUCAGGAGAUUCUACAGAGAGAUGAGAGGAAACGCUCUGGAUAAAAAAUCCAACUACGAACUUUUAGAGAAAGAUGUUGGACUCAGACGAUUCUUCCCCAAAAGUUUAUUGGAAUCGGUUAAGGCCAAAACUCUAAGAAAACAGAUCCAGCAAUCAUUUAAACAGUUCGCCAACCUGAACGACGAGCAAAGCAUUCUGAAGUUUUUUGAAAUCCUGGCACCCGUAUACAGAUUCGACAAAGAGUACUUUCGAUGUGCUCUGGGGUCGAGUUGGGUGAUAUCAGUAGAUCUUGCUAUUGGACCAGAGGAGGGAAUCAGCUACCUGACAGACAAGGGCUCAACGCCGACACACCUGGCUAACUUCACACAGGUGCAGUGUAUCCAGUACUCAUGUGUGGAGGAGAAAGACAGGAAGGGUGUGUUACAGCUGGACGUGGCAGGAGCCGCUGAGCCUCUUACGAUCAGCACACCAUCCUUCUCCACCGCUGAGAACAUGGCUGACCUCAUCGACGGCUACUGUCGACUGCUCAAUGCCGUCACCCAGUCCUUCAUCAUCAGACCUCAGAAAGAGGGCGAGAGAGCUCUACCAUCCAUUCCAAAACUUGCCAACAAUGAGAAACGCCUUGAGGGAAUUCGAGCAGGAGUUCGUGCCAUUUCUGUGUCAGACUCUGUGGUUCAGACGCCCGCGAAAACUACAAAAGCUUGUCACUUUCUCCUUCCGUUUGUCCUCUGUUCACACGAGUCUCCUCCUAAGGAAGAUCUAAGUGGUGAUGAAACAGACGACUACGCUGAAAUCAUAGAUGAAGAAGACACCUACACCAUGCCGUCCACUCAAUACUUUGGAUUAGACUCAGCUCAGGACUAUGAAAUCCAGCGGGAGAGAAUCGAGCUAGGGCGAUGUAUCGGCGAGGGCCAGUUUGGAGACGUCCACCAAGGGGUUUACGUCAGUUCGGAGAAUCCGUCGUUAUCUGUGGCCAUCAAGACGUGUAAAAACUGCACAUCUGACAGCGUACGAGAGAAGUUCUUACAGGAAGCUCUGACGAUGCGGCAGUUUGACCAUCCACACAUUGUGAAGCUGAUUGGAAUAAUCACAGAAAAUCCCGUCUGGAUUAUUAUGGAGUUAUGUACGCUUGGGGAGCUGAGGUCAUUCUUGCAAGUCAAAAAGUACAACCUCGAUCUGUCAACCCUGAUUCUGUUCGCCUACCAGCUGAGCACAGCGUUGGCGUACCUGGAGAGCAAACGUUUUGUGCACAGAGAUAUCGCUGCCAGGAACGUGUUAGUGUCUUCCACAGACUGUGUGAAACUCGGUGACUUUGGUCUCUCCAGAUACAUGGAGGACAGUUCAUAUUAUAAAGCUUCUAAAGGGAAACUCCCGAUCAAAUGGAUGGCUCCAGAAUCGAUAAACUUCCGUCGGUUUACCUCAGCCAGUGAUGUCUGGAUGUUCGGUGUGUGUAUGUGGGAAAUCCUCAUGUUCGGCAUCAAGCCCUUCCAGGGCGUGAAGAAUAAUGAUGUCAUCGGGCGGAUAGAGAACGGCGAGAGGUUAGCGAUGCCUCCCAACUGCCCCCCCACCCUCUACAGUCUCAUGACCAAAUGCUGGUCGUACGACCCCAGCAAACGCCCGCGAUUCACAGAACUCAAGACACAACUCAGCGCUAUCUUAGAGGAGGAGAAGGCCCAGCAGGAGGAGCGUUUCCGUAUGGAGAUGAGGAGACAGGUGACUGUGUCCUGGGAUGCUGGGAAUUCAGACGAGGCUCCUCCUAAGCCCAGCCGACCCGGUUACCCGAGUCCUCGGUCCAGUGAUGGAUAUUUCCCCAGUCCACAACAUGCCGGUCCGCACAAUCAUUUCCAGAUGUCUGGAUUUCCUGGCAUGUCGGGCGCAGGGUACCCACCUCAAGCUUCUGUACUCGACCCUCAUGAAACAUGGAACCAUCACAGAUCCGAGGCAGUGUGGUCUCCAAACAUGGAGGAUGGGGGCGCUCUUGGACGGAGUCAGGGUCUGCCCGCCCACCUGAUGGAGGAGACACUGAUGAAACAGCAGCAGCAGAUGGAGGAAGAUCAGAGAUGGCUGGAGCAGGAGGAGAGUUUUUUGAAGCUGGAGUCCAGGAAUUCAAGGGGGAGUAUUGACCGGGAGGACGGCGCUCUCCAGGGACCAAUGAGGAAUCAGCACGUUUACCAGCCGGUGGGGAAAGCAGAACAUGUGGCACCACCAAAGAAACCGCCCCGUCCCGGCGCUCCAAAUCACCUGAACAACUUAAACCCAGUGGACAGUUACAAUGAGGGUGUCAAGAUCCAGCCUCAGGAGAUCAGUCCACCACCAACAGCAAACCUGGACCGCUCCAACGACAAAGUUUACGAGAACGUGACGGGACUUGUGAAGGCGGUUAUUGAGAUGUCCAGCAGAAUCCAACCAGCACCUCCUGAAGAAUAUGUUCCCAUGGUGAAGGAUGUGGGACUGGCCCUCAGGACUUUACUGGCUACAGUGGACGAGACUAUACCUGUGUUACCAGCCAGCACACACAGAGAGAUCGAGAUGGCUCAGAAACUCCUGAACUCUGACCUGGCGGAGCUCAUCAGUAAGAUGCGACUCGCGCAGCAGUACGUGUUGACCAGUUUACAGCAGGACUACAAGAAACAGAUGCUCACCGCAGCUCACGCGCUCGCCGUAGACGCCAAGAACCUGUUGGACGUGAUCGACCAAGCCCGACUGAAGAUGUUACACAACCGGCCGCACUAGUUUCUCCACGAUGGCUGGACCGGCACAGGAGCCCAAACGGGACCUUGAGAGUACUCUUCAUGAGAAAACUCCUCACCGAUUGUUAGUGUAUUUUCAAUAGAUUCAUCACCAUAUUCAGGAUAGAGGAUGUGACUUAUUUUGUAUCCAGAAGUGAAGCUCAUCAUCAGGUCUCCUUUCUCAGCGCUGGAGAAACCUGCAACCCCCACAAAACUCUCCAGAUCUCAUUUGGGGGUUCCACGAUAUUCCAAAGGCUCAUCACAAAUGCUUCCUUUUGUCUUAUGUCAAAAUGAUCACUUCUCAAAUAUCUAGGUGCUCCAUCUCAUGUACAUAACUCAUGACCAUAAAGCCACUUGGUGAUGUUUUAGCAUAUUUUUAAGGAAUCACAGCUACUUAUAUAUGAAACUGCUUGGCAAAGAUUUAUUAAAAUGAUGGGAAAUCAUGUCACCCUGAAGUGAGCGUUAGAUCAGGGACCGAAGCUAAUAUAGUCACACAUCAGUCACUUGAAGCACAGAUGCCUUCAGUUACUUUAACUCUUGAUCACUUUCCACACAACCCCUCUUUGAGUAUUGAUUUGUGUACAGAACAAUCUUGAAUCCAUUUAGUCAUUGAUGUAAAUUAUUCUCAGGAAGAAACAACUGUACAGAACUUUUAAUAAAAUAUUAU